AUGGAUUAUCUGGAAACGAUGAAGCAUGAGGUGCAGACUGUGAAGGAUGCAGUUCUCAAGCUUCAGUUUUCUCUUCUGGAGGGAAUCAAGCACGAGAGCCAGCUCAUGACCUCCGGCGCACUCCUUUCUCAAAGUGACUACCAAGAUGUGGUGACCGAACGCUCAAUAGCUGGCAUGUGUGGGCACCCACUCUGCACCAAUCCUUUGCCCACUGAACGGCCCUGGAAAGGCCGUUACAGGGUGUCGCUCAAGGAGCACAAGGUCUAUGACCUCCAGGAGACGUACAUGUAUUGCUCGACCGGCUGCUUGAUAAACAGCCGGACUUUUGCUGCAAGUUUGAAGGAGGAGAGGCCCUCAGAUCUGAAGCCGGCCAAACUGAGUGGAAUUCUGAAUCUAUUUUAUGGGCCAAGUUUGGGUCCUGAUGAUGCAGUGGCAAGCGGGGGUGGGGAUAUGGGUCUGUCUGGUUUGAGGAUUGAGGAGAAAAUGGACACAACAGCUGGUGAAGUGUCCGUGGAGGAGUGGAUUGGUCCCUCGAACGCGAUCGACGGUUACGUGCCACGGAGGGAAAAAAAUAUGGAAGCUGGGCGGUCGAAUAAUGAUAGGGGAAGUGGAAAAAAGGAACACAUUGGACUUUCUUACGAGGACAUGGAUUUCACAAGUGUGAUUAUAACUCAAGACGAGUACAGCGUCUCAAAAAUUGUGCCUCCCGUAAAGGAUAAAGAUAAAAAAGGAAAAGCGAGAAGUAAUGAAGUGAAUCGCCUGGGUAACCUGACUCAAAAGCCAAAUGCUCCAUCAGUAAGCACUCAAGAAAUGAGAUCCAAAAACUUAAAUAAAUCUGAGGAUAUGAGUACAUCGGAUGGUAAAGUUGGUUUAUUAGAAGAUAAAAUUGCUGGGCCUAGUCAAAAUGUCGCUAAAAAGGGUGGAAAGGAACUCCAGCUGGGAUCCGAGAAGUCUAAGGAUGUGACUACCAUGGAUUAUAAGGUCUGUGUAAAUGAAGGUCCCAGCCAAAAUAACUCUCAGAAGGAUGGAAAGGAAUCGCAGAUGGGAAAAGAUUUGACGGCUGGUGUUCUGAAGUCCUCUUUGAAGACUUCGGAUUCAAAUCGGACAAACAGAUCUGUAACCUGGGCUGAUGAGAAAACUAAUGCUGAUGUUAGAAACCUUUGUGAAGUCAAAGGAUUAAAAGAUGAGGAAGUGGGCCAAGAGUCAUACAGAUUCGUAUCUGCUGAAGCCUGUGCAAUGGCUUUAAGCCAAGCUGCAGAAGCUGUAGCAUCAGGGGAAUGUGAAGCAUCUGACGCUGCAUCUGAAGCGGGUGUUAUAAUAUUGCCAUCUCCUCAUGGAGAGGGUGAAGUUAAAUCUGAAGAGAAUGGUGAUGUGGUGGAUACGGAACCACUUCAACUAAAGUGGCCUCCGAAACCAGGAUUUUCAGAGGCUGAUCUUCUUGAUUCUGAGGAUUCUUGGUAUGAUAGUCCACCAGAGGGGUUUAACUUAUCACUAUCACCCUUUUCCACAAUGUUUAUGGCACUCUUUGCCUGGAUGUCAUCGUCUUCAUUAGCUUAUAUAUAUGGGAAGGAUGAAAGUUUUCAUGAGGACUACUUGUCGAUCAAUGGGAGGGAGUAUCCUCGUAAGGUUGUUAUGCUGGAUGGCCGCUCGUCUGAAAUUAAGAUAACUCUAGCUGGCUGCCUCUCUCGAGCCUUGCCAGGACUUGUUGCUGAACUGAGGCUUCCCAUACCUAUAUCAACUCUUGAGCAAGGAAUGGGACACUUGCUGGACACAAUGUCAUUUAUGGACCCACUGCCAGCAUUCAGGAUGAAACAGUGGCAAGUUAUUGUCCUUCUGUUUCUUGAUGCUCUUUCAGUCGCUAGAAUUCCUGCGCUCACACAACAUAUGGUUGGUAGGAGGAUUUUGCUUCCCAAGGUCCUUGAGGGUGCACAGAUCAGCAUGGAUGAAUUUGAGAUAAUGAAGGACGUGAUGAUUCCCCUUGGCCGUGUGCCUCAAUUCUCAACUCAGAGUGGAGGCUGA